AUGUCCUUACCUGCCGCGCGAAGUAUCAAAGACGGGCUGCUGCAGCGCGUGCAGACCAUCGCCAGACCAUCCGCGGACGCCGCACCCGAUGUCGAGGUAACGAACGUCGAAUACAUCGGGUCGUACAACUGGCUGGAUCGCAAACUACCGAGCCUCAUCGUCCCUGGAUCGCCGAAGGAAUGGGUGAACAAGCGGAUGCCGUUUACGCUCGGGCGUGAUGUCGGCAUCGUCGUCGCAGACCAGAACGGCUAUCGCGUGCCCGACGCAGUCCUCCUCCCCCUCUUCGUCGCCGUCAACAUAAAAUCCAGCCUUGACGCCGCCCUAGAUGCCCCCACCCUCGAUGCCCCCACCCCCGAUGUCGACCCCUCCCUGCUGACGUCGAAGCCGAAGCCGGCCUUCGACUGGCCCGCACACGACGUCAUCACCGACCGCAACAGCCUGCGCAAGCUCCUCCGCUGGAUCGUCGCCGCCGAGGACGCCCCCAAUUCGGACUUCCGCAUCGACGCGCAGCUGGCGGGGCCGAAGACCGUCCUGCUCUGCCGCUACUCGACGAACGUGCGGGAGAUGGCCGGGAACGGCUUCGGCCAUAACUACGAGCAGGCGUGCACACAGGCGGCCCCGCAGUGCGAAGAGGGCGUCGGGCAUCAUAGGAUUAUCCGCUAUGUGAGUAAGACUGAGGCGGGCCUUGCUGUGUGUCUGGUUAAUGUAACUAUAACUGAUGUGGUGGUGGGAAUUUUUCUUUUGAAGGAUAUGAAUGGGCUGAAGAUGAUCGUGCGUUAUGAAGUUGAUGCGUACGUACCCGAUGGUGCGCUACCCGAUACCAGCCCUCCCGAGCGUUCCUGGCGCAAAGGCCCGUCCGCCAACACUCCCGCGAGCGUCGACGACCUCGCAGACACACUCGCAAACGUCAAGCUCGCGCCCACUACCCCCGCCCCCUCCCCCAAAGCGGCCCUCCCCCCAGACAAAGCCUCCUUCCACUCCGGGCUCACCGUCUACCCCGGCGGCUCGUGGUCCACGCCCCAGUCCGCCAUCGUCGAGCUCACGACGCGCUCGCAGCGCAACUUCGAGACCAUGAGCUGGACGGACCUGUACACGCAGCUCUUCGUGUCGCAGACGCCGCACUGCUUCGUCGGGAUCCACAGGCAGGGCACGUUCACCCGCCUCGUGCGCGAGAACCUGCGGUCGGUGGCGAUGGAGCGCGUGCGGCGGGCCGAGCAGCCGCGGCUGAAGGCGCUGCGGUGGGUGCUGGGGGCCAUCCAGGAUUUGCUGGUCGAGAGAGGCGGGAGUUCGCGGGUGAGCUUGGUUUCGGAGGCGGGGAUCUUGGGGGUGUAUGAGUGCGAGAAUGAGGAGGAUGUUCUGCCCGAAGAGAUCAUGGAGUAUUUUGACGAGGAGUGA